GCUCUGCCCAAAAUUUUUUUCCCAGCGCAAUCAAACCAACUACAAAGAUCUGCUGUUCACGAUCCAAGGCUACCAUGUGUGUUUAAUAUCUAUGAAAUGCAAUGACAAUAUCUUGAAAGGAUGCAAGAACUCGAAUCUCUGCAAGGUUUUGUCAGGCAAAUGACUAAAAGCGCAACUUGACUGGCAGGAAACAUCAAACAAAACAUUGUACCUCCACACAGAUAGGCGUUUGCUUUACAAUCGAGUCGAUUCGCGGGGAUCUUGUAAUUCUCGCGCUAAUUGCUUCAAUGGGCGGUGGAGGACGGCGAGGCCGCGAGAGGAGGAGAGGUUGGGAAACAUCGUUUCUUCCCUACGGAGGUGGGAAACGGUCCCAGACCGUACUUGAUUACUGGGCUGCUUAGUUCUAUCCGGAUCGACAGUAGUUUUGUUUUCCGAUUUAAGGAUCGCUGAGAAUUUUGAAGCCGAUCAUCCCAACAUGGUCUUAGGAUUUUAGCGGGAAGCUUCGGUCGAUGCACCGUGGCCACCAUCUUCCUCUGAGUUUCCUCCGUUUCCAAAGGCGGAGAAUAAGAAGAACGGUACGAUGCCGAACCUUUCGUUCCGCCGGCGGCGGCGACAAGCUAUAUCCCCAGCCCCAUUUCAUGGCCGACUACCUCGUCGCCUCCUGUGGCUUCUCACCGGAGAAAGCGGCGAAAGCCUUGAAGCGCCUCCGCCGGAUUAAAUUCCCCCAACAACCCGACUCGGUCUUGGGUUUCUUCAAAAGACACGGUUUUGAUGACGCCCACCUGAAAAAGCUCGUUUCUUGGUACCCCAGAUGGCUCGCCCUCGACAUGGAGAAGACCCUGCCCGCAAGGUUCCGAGCUUUGCUGGACCUCGGCUUCUCCAGUCCCGACCUGACCCGCCUCCACCUGUCUAACCCCGUCAUCAUCGACCACAACCUCCGCAACGUCGUUUCUAGCAUCCAGCUAUGGAGAGACCUUCUUGGUUCUGAUCAGCGUUUGAUGAAAUUCCUCAAAGGAAAUCAGUGUUUUCUCGGCUACAGCGCCGAGAAGACAAUCCGGCCGAACCUCUUGGUGCUGAAGGACUGCGGCAUCUCGGACCACAGGAUCACGCUGGUCGUGAAGAGGCGCCCAAGGUUCAUCCUUCAGAAGCCAGACGCAUCAAGGGCAUUGAGUGAUCGUGCCGAGGGGUUGCGAGUCCUCCCGGGCUCGACGGUGUUCCACUGGGCUCUCUACAAGGUCGACCGGGGGUCAUGAGAGGCAGGGUGGUCGGAGGCUGAGUUCCUUGCUGCAUUCCGAAAGACCCCUGCUUUCUUGACUGGUUCGAUGAGCGCGAUGCGGGAUAAGGUGGAUUUCUUGGUGCUGGAGGCAGGCUGCGCACCGUUCUAUGUUGCACGCCGCCCAGUGCUUUUGACGCUGAGCUUGGCGAAGAGGUUGAUUCCAAGAAAUCGAUAUUUGAAAGGCUUUGAAGUCGAGAGAGUGCAUGGUGGAGAAUAA